CCCCUGCAGUCAAUGUAAACACAGAAGUUGAUGUCUCCGCGCGCUCUGGUGCUGCUGGAGCACAGUCGUUGAACACAUAAGCAAUGGAAAGUACAGAAGAACCGGCGGCUGUCACAUCGCAGCUCUUGCCGGUUCCACCGCGAAGCGACCACGUCUCCUUCCUGGAGGGACACACGCUGUACAUCUGGGGUGGAUGUCAGUGUGUGGAUGGAAAAGAAACACUUCUGCCCAGUAAUGAGAUCUGGCUUUAUGACAUGGAGAGUGGAGUUUGGUCUCUGAGGCGUAUGGGUGGAGACAUUCCUCCUGUCCUGUCUGAGACUUGUGGUGCAUUUCUCCAGGGUGUGCUUUACAUUUUUGGGGGAUGUAACAGCAAUAGCCACACCAACCUGGUGUAUUGUGUUGACAUAUCAGAUGGGGAAUACAGCUGGAGAAAAGUAACAGACACAGUAGGAGCGACGCCCUCUCCCAGGGUCAGACAUUCCUGCUGGGUCUAUAAAAACAGGCUCAUCUACUUUGGCGGUUACGGGUGUAAAACUGUCAGAGAGGUCAACAACGCCAAGAGCUUUAUGGUAGAUGAGACAUCCUGGGCAACAAUCGGGUCAGAAUCUUUCCAGUUUUGGGGUUGGAAUAAUGAAGUCUAUAUGUUUGAACCUGAGUCAGCCACAUGGACUGAACCACAAACACAGGGCCAGACUCCAGAGCCACGGGCGUCCCAUGCCAGUACUACUUUAGGCCAUAAGGGCUAUAUAUGUGGAGGUCUGGAAACGAAGACGAUAGACAUUCAUUGCUUAGAUCUGGUGACGUGGACAUGGACCCAAGUUGACCAUCAAGCUGAUUCUCUCCCACGGGGCCGCACUCUUCACACGCUCACGGCCGUCUCAGACCACAAACUCUUCCUGUUUGGAGGCCUCAGUACUUCUGGGGAGGUUCUUAGUGAUGGAUGGGAAUUUGACACUUUAAAAAGAGAAUGGAGAGAGAGAGACCAUGCACACAAAGACAGACUCAGGUUAUGGCAUUCUGCUGACAAGGGGAGGGAUGGUGAUGUAGUUGUUUUUGGAGGUAGCCAGACCUUCAUCUGCUUAAUGGAUUCGGUGGUGGCCCUCAGAUCUCCCUCUCAAAGUCACUGUGGAGAUGUGUUGGUGUUUCAGACCCAACCAUACUCCCUGUCAAGAUUGUGUGAGGACUGCCUAGGAAAACACACAUUUUCUAUCCAAGAGCAAGUAUCUUGGUUACCAGCCAAACUUCAGAAGACAAUUGGCAAGAGGAUAUCCUACUUCAGGGCAAGUGCUCAAAAUUAGAUGCAGUAUCAUAAGAUCAUAAAGGACAUUUCUUUUUUUAAUUGAUGGUUUUAAGAAUAUUUCUAUCCAAGCAUUCCACAUACGAGAAACACAUAAAUGCACACUUUGUAUUUAAAAAAUAAAGACUAUUAUUAUUAAUAAUGGAUUAUUUACAUCCUAAUAAACCUUUAAAGCUUUUGAAAAUCUAUUAAGGAAGAACUGCACUCUUUUUUGAAAGUAUGUACAGAAUUUGUGUAAAGGAUGUCAUGAAAAAGGGACAGUUCACCCAAAAAUUUUAAUUCUCACAUCAUUUACUCACCCUCAUGCCAUCCCAAAUGUGCAUGACUUAGAAAAGAGAUAUAGGAUUUUUAGAAAAAUAUUUCAGCUCUGUUGGUCCUCAAAAUGCAAGUGAAUGGGUACCAAAUAUGUUAAGCUCCACAAGGACAUAAAGUCAGCAUACAAUUAAUCCAUAAGACUCCUGUGGUUAAAUCCAUGUUUUCAGAAGUGAUAUAGGUGUGGGUGAGAAACAGAUAAAUAUUUAAGUCCUUUUUUACUAUCAGUCUCCACUUUCACAUUCUUCUUGUGUUUUUUGCAAUUCACAUUCUUUGUGCAUAUCGUCACCUACUGGGCUGGGAAGACUAUUUAUAGUAAAAAAGGUCUUUUAAAUAUUUAUCUGUUUCUUAUAUACACACAUCUCUUCUGAAUAAAUGGAUUAAACCACUGGAGUCUUAUGAAUUACUUUUAUGCUGCCAUUAUGUGCAUUUUGGACCUUCAAAGUUCUGGCUACUAUUCACUUGCAUUGUAUGAACCUACAGAGCUGAUCUUUGUUUGUGUUCAGCAGAAGAUAGAAAGUCGUACACAUCUGCAAUGGUGAGUAAAUGAUGAGAGAAUUUUCAUUUUUGGGUAAACUAUCCCUUUAAUACUGUUUUCAGUGCUCAGUGUGUGUGUGUGUGUAUAUAUAUAUAUAUAUAUAUAUAUGUGUAAUAUGGUCUUACCCAUUUAAAAGUGAAAUCGCUUGCAAGUGCAUUUGCAAAAGGCUCUACCACUCUUUUUUCAUUUGUAUAUAUAUUUUUGGGUGAGUAUAUAUGUUUUACAGACAAUAAAAGCAGACAUAAAAUAAAAACAGACAACCUUAGGAGGAGCUUCUGAGAAUU